GACCAAAUCUCAAGUUCAAGAACAUGCCUCCAUUAUUCCAAUAUCAAGUCCCCCCUAGGAUCCCGACUAACAGUACUGAAGCAAACCAGAAAUGGCAGCUCCUCUUCAUCUCCUGAAAAGGCAUUUCAGGAACGAGUGCUCCAGGUCAAGGAUGCCCAGGCAAACCCUUACCCUCGCUUAGCCGUGGACCAGCGCACUUUGAGCUGCGCCGAGUUUAGUUCUCGGUUCGCGGGAUUGGCCAACAAUGAAUCAGUAGAAGGCAUGGUUGUCGUCUCUGGUAGGGUUCGUACCUAUAGAACUGCCGGGAACAAAUUGAUUUUCUUCGAUAUCAUGCAAGAUGGCCAUAAAAUCCAAGUCAUGUGCAACAAGCGCCAGCUCGAUGCCGUCACUCCCGCGGAAUUUAAGAGGUUAUCCCGUCUACUUCGUCGCGGUGAUGCAUUCUCUGUAAUCGGUAAACCACAUCGGACAGGCCGCGGUGAGCUCACUGUCGACGUGACUGAGAUGCCAAAGCUGCUUGCGCCGUGUCUCCAUGAUGUCCCUGUUCAUAAUAGCACACACGAGACCUCACCGUAUCCUCGCCAUGUUCAGUUCCUGGCCGAUCCAGUGGCGGCAAAUAUUGUUCGUGCUAGGGCCUCUCUGAUCCAGUACCUGCGUCAAUUUUUUGUAGACCGGUCCUUCAUGGAGGUUAGCACUCCUAUCAUUGGGUCUGGGGCUGGCGGUGCCAUUGCUCGUCCAUUUAAUACAUCUGCCACCGAGUUCCCAAACCGUGAGCUGUCUCUGCGAAUCGCACCAGAGCUAUGGCUGAAGCGAUUGGUAGUGGGUGGAUUUGACAGAGUCUUUGAGAUCGGUCCAUCGUUCCGCAACGAGGGCCUGGACAAGACUCACAAUCCUGAGUUCACCACCUGCGAGUUCUACCAGGCAUACGCUAACCUCGAAGACCUCAUGCGUACGACCGAAGACCUUCUAUCCGGCAUGGCUUCUCACAUCGACUCCUUCAACAAAGAAGGCAUCCUCCAACCCACCAAAGUGAACUUCACAGCUCCAUUCCGCCGAGUCGACUUCAUAACCGGCAUCCAAGACCAAAUCGGCCACCAAAUCCCAGACCUCGCCUCCCCAGAAGCCCUCUUAAAGGUCCAACAACUCUUCCACACCCUCUCCCUCCCUCUCCCACAAGACGCCACCCUUCCCCGUCUCCUUGACGAACUAUGCAGCACCUAUCUCGAACCAACAUGCACAGACCCAACCUUCAUAAUCAACCCACCAGAAUGCCUCUCCCCGCUUUCAAAAUCCUUCACACACCCGAUAACGGGCCAGAUUGUCGCUGCGCGCGGUGAGCUCUUCAUCGAGGGCAAGGAAAUCGUGAAUACAUACGAAGAGGAAAACUCGCCUUUCGAGCAACGCCGCAAGUUCGAGGAUCAGCUGCGCUUUAGUCAUGCUGCUGGUGAAGCGGGCGAGAUCGAUGAGAGUUACCUUGAAGCGCUGGAGUGGGGCUUGCCUUCUACUGGUGGUUGGGGAUGUGGAAUUGAUCGCCUUGUUAUGCUGUUUACUGGGGCUAAGCGUAUUGGUGAUGUAUUGGCUUUUGGUAACUUGAGAGCAGUUACAAGGCCUGCUAUGAUUACAAACGAAGCAACUGUGGCUCAAGCAGUCACUGUGAGUCUAAAAGAUCUUGAAAAUGGAUCCGUCUCCUUCGAGACUCUGACUGAAGCUUUCGGUCCAUCUUCACUGGGAAUAAUCGUGGUAAAAGACCUACCUGAGCAUUUCGUCCAGCUGCGUGCACAGGUUCUUUCCAAUGCAUCCAACCUUGCAGCUUUGUCGGACAGCGAACUCGAAUCCCUAGAAAGCCCUGAAUCCAAAUACCUAGUCGGUUGGUCUUGUGGCAAAGAAACGCUCAAAUCAGGCCAGUAUGACACACUGAAAGGCUCAUACUACGUCAACUGCGCCUUCUAUCAAGAUCCAUCGCUAGACAGUGCGCCGGCAGACGGGUUUCCCGAUCUGCCGCAGUAUACAGCACCAAAUAUCUGGCCACCUCAGGAGAAGCUGCCUACAUUCAGAACUAGCGUUGAGAAUCUAUGCUCUCUGAUCAUUCAGACUGCAGCUCUCGUUGCUGACGCGUGUGAUCGUUAUGCAGAGGCGAAUAUCGAGGACUACACCCCCGGUUACCUGAAACGCGUUGUGGAGGGAAGUCUCACGACAAAAGCGAGACUCCUGCAUUACUUCCCUUCUGACAAUGAUGAAGACCCCGGAAAGAAAUCUGAUGAUGACUGGUGCGCUACGCAUCUUGACCACGGCUGUCUAACCGGUCUUACUUCGGCUAUGUUCCUAGACGAAGCAGCUACACUUCCCACCCGUGACUCUUCAGACAUUCUACAGGAACUGUCCCAGUCGCCUGAUCCCUCGGCUGGUCUGUACAUUCACUCCCGCAGUGGCGAUGUUGUUAAAGUCAAUAUUCCAAAGGACUGUCUCGCUUUCCAGACUGGUGAGGCUUUGCAGCUUAUUACUCGUGGCAAGUUCAGGGCUGUACCUCAUUUCGUGAAGGGUGCUAAGGGUGCUAAGGGGUCUCGUAUUGUUAGGAAUACUUUGGCGGUUUUCACCCAGCCUAAUUUGCAUGAGGAGGUUGAGCCUGGCUUGUCUUUUGCUGAGUUUGCGAGGGCUACUGUGCAGAGGACUUAUUAG